AAUAAUGGCAUAACCCUCUCAUUGGCGCCCGAGACGUCUUGCCUGGAUGUGGCGGGGAAUUGCAAACGGAGGAACUCAUUCCCAAGGCAGCUUUUACACUCUUGAAAGAAAGUUUGGAGAGAGGAGAGUCGAGGCGCAAAAGCUACCCAAAACCGCGCCGGCAAAACGAGGCGGGGAAAGACCUUGGAGCUCUUUCAAUUAUUCAUUCAUGCAGACCACAAAGCUGCUUCCCCUCCACCAUUGCCUGCAGUAGAUCCAUAGCACAGCUCCAGAGGAGAAAACCCGCAUCCACUCCACGACCGGCCUCCAAACCCUUCGUGCGCCUUCAGAUCAGACCUCGAAGUUCAGUCCCAAGUUUCUCUGAGGAAUCCGCCUGAGGACAAUGAGGCUCUAACUCGGCGCCCGAAGUGGGCAGCUUCGCCAUGCGAGAGAAAAGGCUGACCACUGUGCCUCCGAGUAUAAAAGAAGAUGAGUUUGAAGAUUAUUUAGCUACUGAUGACAUACUUGUGGACUUCUUUAAUGAAUUCUUGGGUCUCCCGACAUUCGCAGAGGCAAUUAAAUAUAAUCCUGAUUUUGGGAUUUUUGAAGUCGCUAGUGAUGCUCCAGGAAGGAUAGAAAAUCAGCUGAAAAAGUUGCUAUAUGAACAGAAACCUCGGAAUCCCAUUUAUGAUGUUACAAGGCCAACGAAACCAGAAAUUCCUCUUUCUAAAGAUCCCAGUCGCCCACUAUUACCACCACCACCACCAUACUUAAAUGUUGAUCUGAACUAUGUUGCAAUGUGUUUGGAUCGAGAACAAGCCAUUAAAUGGAUUAAAAAGGAAAGACUGCCUGCAUUUUUAGAAAGUGAUUGUUACCUUGAGUACAGGUUAGCUAAACUUAUAUCACAGGUGGAGUGGAGCAGAACAGGUGUGAAUGUUGUUAUAGAUACAAAAUAUUAUCCUUGGUUCACAAAACCUCUGCCACCUACAGAACUGUCUGAAGAAGAUGAAGAUGACAUGAUUAUGAGAAAGUUCUAUGUCUCUCUUGGCCAGGCUACUGUCACCCAGGCAAAGGAUUGGUUUACUCUAGCCAAGCAAAGUGAGAACUUGAUCACUACAGAUUCUAUUACUUGCCCUUUGUCAUCUUCCCAUGUUCGUUUUUCUUUUGAGCCUCCAAAGGCAUCUUCAUUUUUAGAUUUUGGAGCUCAAGAUAUCGUGCCUACGCUUUCUUCUACCAUUCUCAAUGCAACUUCCUUCAGAAGUGGUGAUUCAGACAUAGAUGCCAAGCUUAAGAAGAAGCAGCUACAAACAAGUUCUCCCCUUCCUCCACGGAUUAAAGCCAGGCAAAGCAUAGAUGAGGGCAAGUCUAUAUCACUUCCUGAUACUCCUUCACACACCAUAUUAAGAGCAUAUGUAGGACAGAACUGGGAUUCUGCUUCCCAGGAAGGAACAGGCGAUGGCAAUGAUCAAUAUCAAGAACUUGCAUGCUUUCGGACCGUAGAUGAGUUUUCAUUAGCCUAUGCUCAGUAUAUACUUAGGAACUCUAUUGCUAUAGUCACUGGGCUGCCUCCCGAAGUCAGCCCAACAGACAUCAACUUCAGUAGAGUGUCAAGAGUCCUUAUAUAUGAAAUAGAAGACAGUCGUCCUUUCAUGGAGCCUCUGCUAGAAACCCCUCUUGUCGAUGAUACAGAGGAAAGACAGAGUGAAAUCAGCACAAAAUCUGAAAAAGAUACCACUGAAGCCAGGGCGUCUUGGUGUUUAAGUCACAAGACUUAUGAUAUUGGUAACAGGCAUGAGUUUGAAAGGUUCAAGAGAUUCAUCCAAGGGACUUUGGGUGAAAGAUACUGGUGGCUCUGGAUGGACAUAGAAAGACUGAAGAUCCUGAAAGAUCCUAAAAGGCAGAAAAGACAGCUUGAGAGGAUGAAAAAAAUCUACUUGGCGAGCAGUGGAGAUUAUUUCCUUACCUCUGAAGUUCUGCAGAAACUAAAUCUAGAGGAUGGAGAUCAGUGGAACUUGCAUAACCUAAGACAUAUUCAGCCUGAAGUAGUGAAACCUUUGCUUCUCUAUUGGGGUCCCAGAUUUUGUGUCAUCCAUACAGCUGCCAUACAGACUAUAAAUAACAAGUUGAAAAUCUGGCAUUUACGACAACAAAAGCCGCGGAUGGAUGUGGAUCCUUUCCCACAGAUGGUGUCACUGUUGCCACUGAGACCUAAAUCCUGCAUGCCAAAAAAUGUAUAUUUCUUUGAGAGAGAAGAAAUGAUUUCACCAACACCUCUAUCAAAAGGUGUAGUAGAUACAUAUCCCCCGAGACCUCCCAGACUGUUAUCAGCAAUCCUGCCACGAAGUCAGAGUGCUGUUCGGCAAGAUCCUGAUGGCUUCAUUGCAGAUAUUAGUACACAAAGACCGGCAACAGUGGGUAGCAACGUGACUCGCCAGACGGUGUGUCCUGACAAGACAGAUUAUCUGAAGCCACAGCUAGAAAGAAAAUACACCUAUGCAGACGUAAUCCCAGGUAAAAUAUCCCAAGAUAUUCCUGAACUGGGAAGUUCUACGAUGGAGAGAAUGCUUCAGUCCCUUAAUACAGAGAACAGAGCAGGCUAUGUCUUUACAAACUUUUGUGAAAAGUCAGAAAAUACGCUAUGGAAGAACAGCACGUACUUUUGGUUUGACCUACAGGAUUACCAUCAACUUUUCUAUCAGGAAACUCUCCACCCUUUCAAAGUCUGCAAACAAGCUCAAUUCCUUUAUGCUAAUUACAUUGCUCCUUCUGCCACUAUGGAUAUUGGGCUACAGCAGGCUACCAAAACUGAGAUUUAUUCAAAAAUCGAGCCACCAUUUGAAGAUCUUUUUGACUCUGCAGAAGAACACAUCCUUACUCUCCUUUUGGUUCCAUGGAUGAAGAUGGUGGAACAAGACAGAGGCAUCUAUAGAAAGGUGGAGCUGGUGGAAGAAACCCGACAGCUGGACUCAGUGUUCCUUAAAAAGCUGCAGGCUUUGCAUGAAAAAAGUAUUUCCAAGAAGAGUGAGAUUUUGGCAGUGGAAGAAGACAAGGUCCCACCGCCCUCUGAUUCCACUGAAAUUGAAAAACGCCCAAGUCUGAUCCUCCCCGAAGACUUUAAGUCAUACAGCAUUUUUGAAUUGUUACAAAACCGGCUGGGCCUGGAACAAUUCAGACUCUUCCUUGAACAGCAAUCUGCCAGUGUAGACCUCAUGUGUUGGAUAGACAUUGAACAGUUCAGGAGGAUGCUCCAUAAAAACAAAGCACAGCGAGAAGAAAAAUGUAAGGAGAUUAAAAAUAAAUAUCUAAAUAAGAAAUACUUCUUUGGACCCGACAGUCCAGCGACAAAAGAGGAACAAGAACAGAUAAUGAAAUUAGGUGGAGGCUGGGGACAAGUACUUCAUGAACUGGUUCGGCCUGUGGUCCUGCUAGAGGUUCAAAAAAGCAUCCAGACGAGGCUUGAGAAAAAGUGGCUGCCGCUGUAUUUUGGAAGUGAAGAACAUGGGGCACCAAAAAAACCAAAGCCACACUUUCAUGAUGCUGCAGAAGAUAUUUUGAUACAGAGAUUUGAGAAGAAAUUUGAACCAUGGAAGCAUGUGGACAAUAAGUGGAUUUCUUCAGCUCGGGAAAUGAUUACUUUCCGCAAAGCCCUGUUGAAUCCCAUCACAGCUUAUCAGUUUCAGCGCUUUGUAUCACUGAAAGGAGAUUUACUGGAAAACGGAGUAAUCUUCUGGCGGGAGGUGCAGAAAUAUAAGGAUAUGUGUCAUUCUCAUUGUGAUGACGCCAUAAUCCAGAAUAAGAUCACAUCAAUCAUCAACUGCUUCAUUAAUUCACCCCUUCCACCAACAAUUCAGAUUGACAUCCCUGAAGAUCAAGCCCAGAAGAUUGUUGAGCAAAGGAAAGAACUAGGUCCUUACGUCUUCAGGGAGGCACAGAUGACUAUUUUUGCACUUCUCUUUAAAUUUUGGCCAAAAUUUUGUGACUUCCGAAGCAAUUUGGCCGAUGAGAACAUUCUACCUCUUUUGGACAAGCGAAGAGCGAGAAAAUUAGAAAAAAUGAGAAGAGCAAGAGAAGCAGAAGACAGGGAACAAAGGACGAGAUCUGCCACAUAUUUAAAGAGAAUGGAAGGGAAAUCAUCGGCUUCCCGUCUUGCUGGCAGGCGACAGAGUGAACUUUCAUCUACGCCAAGCUUUACUGGAUUUGGCAGACAACUUUCUUGGAAUUAUUCAAAGUAUCUAGAAGCGCUCCAACAGGAAAGAGUUCUCCUGAAGAUUCAGGAUGAUCUAGAGAAAAAAGCAGCCGUUCCACCAACUUAUGCAGGGAUGACCACCAUUUUCCCACUGAAGGCUGACCACCACGUGGCCCACCCAGUGCCUGAGCGUCCGGCUCACUCAACACCCUUCACCUCAGCCUUUGUCAGGCAGCAACGUCCCUAUCAAUCCAAAGACAAUGAAAGAACUCCAAGAAAUUAAGGAAGGCGAUGAAGAAAUUAUACACGGAUUUGCAGCCAUUGUAGGAAUAAACCAGUGCAGGUUAUUAGCUUUUGCUCAUGUUCAGAGAAGGUUGACAUCUGUCUUGUAAUAGAGUUGUUUAUGGAAGAGAAACGGACUCCAAUGGCAACCUUAUUUAUUGUGGGAUUAUGUCAUCGUUCUUUUGGUUUUGCAAAGGAAUUAUAGUCGAACAAGUGUUGGUAAGGCUAGAUUUGGACUCAAUGACAGGUCACGCACAUUGCAUUAAAAAAAUUCAGUUCCCUGUAUUUCUAGAUAGGUUUUGGCGAGACUCUUGAUUGAAGCAGUAGAGUCAGUGAUUCUCAAAUCUGGUUCUCUGAAUGUGCUAGAUAUUAUACUUCAGAAUCCUUGUCUAUUGUUGGCCAUGCUAGUGGGUCUUCUGGGAGUUGAAGUCCAAAACAUCUGGAGGACCAAAUUAAAGACCAUUACAAUAAGCAAUAUAGAAUUAUAUGGAAUAUUUUGCAUAUCAUAAGUAUCUUUGUUCAACCUCCCUUUGAAAUUUACAUGUUGUUGCAGUUCAGUCAAGGUUAGCUUGAGGGAUCUAGGUGGCAUCGGAGAGUUUCACUCAUUUGAUGAUUUUGCAGGGAUUUGCAUAGCAUUGAGAUAUAGUAAAGUGGUGCCAAACUACAUUAAUUCUACAGUGCAGAUGCACCCGAAGAUACAAGGAAAAUUCCUAUAUCUGAGUCAUAUUUUUUAAAAGUAGGGCUAGGAUGCACCUGGCCUUCCAAAUAUUUUUAGGCUGCAGUUUCCAUCAGCCAUUAUUGGAACAGCCAACUGUGAAGAAUGCUGUGAGUCACAAUCCAACAAUAUCUUCAGAGCAGGUGGGAGGAACAAAGACAAGUUAUCUAGUCCCAUUUUUAAAGCAAAAUUUAAUUCUUGCUAUAGGUUGCAAAUUGAACUGCGGGUAAUAACAAAAAGAAAACCCUUUCUCACCAUUCUGGUUCAGUGAUGAAGAAAUUCAGCAAUGUUGACUUAGUGUAGGUUAAUCUCCAGACCGAUCUGAACUGUUCCAAAAAAAGUGAAAUUUCUUGCUACAGAAAAAUGCAUUUAUUACUUUUGGGAUGUCCUGGAAAAGCAAGGAAGAAAUAAGAUGGUAGGACAAAUAAAUAUCAAGAUUUCUUAGCACUAUAGGAAAUUGGCUUAUCAUAGGUCUCUUUGUCUUUGUUACGACUGUUCUGGAGAUCUGGGUGCUUUCUUUUUUAAUGGUACAAUAUUCCAAAAAUCUUAGUGUUUUAACAUGAAGACUCUGCUGUCUCCCUUCCACCAGUAAACAAAAUUAUAGAGUAACACCAUCCAAUCAGUUGACACUAGAGAAACAUUAUCCAGAAAAGGGUUUGUUUUGUGUUUGUUUGCCUGUUUGUUUUGCUGUGAUUUACCUGAAAUUAUUUUCUUUAAAGUUCAACUUCUACUUAGAAAUAAAAUGUUUUUGUUUAUGA